GUCAUUCGUUGUGCUCUUUUUUCUUGCGCUGGGUAGUGUUUUAUGUUUGUAAAAAGCCAUGCAAUGUGUGUAAACAGUUGGUCCCAAAGCCACUUUGCACGUUUUGCAGGAGAACAUCACUUGUAUAGAACAGCAUGCUGCCCCAAUACGAGCGGCUGGACGAUGGUGGAUCCGGCGAUUCGACUGCACCCUACGGUGGAAUGCGUAGGAGCACGUUUCGAAUUCGCUUCAGUAGGGUUGCAGCUGUGACGGUCCUGCUGCCGGUAGUCGGCUUUCUGUUCUGCCUCAUCUGGUCGCUGCUGUACAAUUUUGAGCAAGCGAACGCAACGCACUGCCUGGUGUACAACUUUCUGCCCUCGUUGUCAGCCGCAAUCGGUAACUACCAACCGCAACGGUUCGUGUGGCAGUUUUCAAUCCUGCUACACGCCCCGGCACGGUACGCCAUCGCAUUCCUCUACAAAAACCAUCACCUUUCGUUGCUGUCCCGAAAACACCGCAAAGAAUGGGCGUACCUGGCGUGCAUUCUCAACAUUGUCGAACUAAGUUCGCUCGUCGGCUUAAGUUUGUGGACAUCGAGCAACAACUAUGAAAUCCACAAGUUUUGCUUCGGUGCCUUUGUGAUAUGUUCUAUAAUCUACAUGUUGAUGGUGGUUCUUAUCAAUCGACUGACGCGUGCGGAAGAUAUGUUAAUGCUGGCGGAGAGAAAGUCCUUACGCUACAAACGCCGCCUACUAGUAAUCAACGUGGCUUCCAUCGUGUGCGCGGUAUACUUUUUCGUCCGCCACAACAACCAUUGCGAGCCGGGCAUCUAUUCGCUGUUCGCACUUAGCGAGUACAUCUUCGUGUACUCCAACAUCGGCUUCCAUAUGACGGCCUACUGGGACUUUAUCAAUGCAAACAUGUACUUCCACUGGCGCACGGGCAUACAUUUCAGUGCCGUUUAACCUGACGUGGUCGUAACACCUGGCCCUAGGAGUAGAGAUAAGAUAAUGAGACAAUGCGCUUGUACAUAAAAUCUACAAUUUUUUAAGUUAGUAAACGCUUUUUCUUCGUUUUAUUUAAUUUAUUUGUUUAUUCUUAAAUAUUAGGCAACAAAUGAACCGUCGAGGCAAUAAAACGCAUC